AUGAGCCAAUCAAUAAGGGGUCUCGUUACGGCGGACCCUGGCCUUCCUCAUCCUCACCCAACCGAAUCCUACUGGCUCUCUGUUCCUCAUCGUUUAGCUGGAGUACAAUCUCCUGAGCUUCCUCAGACUGCCGAUGUCGUCAUCAUCGGAUCUGGAAUCACCGGCACCAGCACUGCCUUUCAUGCCCUUGAAGAAGGCCACGGAGUCAGAGUUGCCGUCUUGGAAGCCCGGACUCUCUGUUCUGGAGCUACUGGGCGGAAUGGAGGCCAUGUGACAACAUAUGGAGCGAUACUGUACGCGCCUCUCAAGCAAGUCUUGGGUCGGGACCUAGCUUAUGAAGUCCUCAAUUUCACUUUCGCCAACGUUGAUGAAGUGGCUAAGGUCUCGAGAAAGUACGCUCUUGAGGAGUCCCAAUACCGCUCCGUUGAGCGAAUACGCUGCUUCACCGACGAAGAUAGUGUUACAAGGGCUAAGGCUAGCGUUACUGAAUGGGAAAAUGACUUCCCAGAAGAAAGUGGCAAGUACACAUUCAUCGGACCCGAAGAAGCCAGAAAUGAACAUGGAAUGCACGGCAUCGCUGGUGCUGUGCGGUUCGCAGCCGGCGCCCUCUGGCCGUACGGGCUGAUAAUGAAGAUUUGGGAUGUUCUGCUUGAGAAGUACCCGGGAAGUCUGACAGUCGACGCCAAGACACCAGUUACUAGUGUGUCGCUAGACACUUGUACCGACUCAAAGUACAAAUACAAGGUACAGACGUCGAGGGGAACCAUACGAGCUGCUAAAGUUGUUUACGCCACCAACGCGCACACAUCUCACCUGCUUCCGAAGAUUCGUGGGCUCCUGUACCCCUUCAAAGAAAGCAUGACGGUGCAGGAUCUAAACCAUGAAGUCCCUAACCGAGGUAAUACCACUACAUGGAGUGUACACGGAAAACCUACGUAUAAUGCUACAACCAAGCGAACUGAGAUGGGAACGUUGUAUCUACAGCAGAAUGCUCUCAGCGGCUACUCUUUCUUCGGCGGCGGAUACGCCAACGCUGUGGAGGCCAUCACACCUGAUGAUAGUACGCUAGCCGCAGAGACUACUCCUUAUUUCCAAAGACAGCUUUCGCGGCUUUUCGGCCAGAAACACAUGGACCGGAACCUUCUGAUUGGCGAGUGGACCGGCAUUCAGGGAUUCACAGCCGAUGAGACCCCCUUGGUUGGGCCAUUGCCUCAAUCUCUAACCGAGCGGGGCGGUGAAGGCGAGUGGAUCGGGGCUGGUUAUAAUGGUGGUGGGAUGGCUUGGUGCUGGAUGGUUGGCAAAGCGCUCGCUGGGAUGAUGCGCGGCGAAGAUGUCAGCGGUUGGUUCCCAGAAAUCCUCAUCCCUAGCGAGGAGCGUUUGACGUCUAGCUUGACGGUGGAGAACUCAGUUGAGAGCAUGCAAGAUCUUUUUGCCUAUGAUUCAACGGCAUCGCCAUCCACGGCAAUGUUGACGAGUCAGAUAUAA